AUGAACGUAUCGUCUGCUGCACUUGUCUUUCCAAUAAAUCAUCAAGAUCAUCGCCGUCGUGUUUUAACUAAUAAUCAUUCAAAAAUGUUUAUUAAUGCUUCUCCAGUUGCUGUUAGUAACAAAAUAAAAGCUAUUCAAACACGUCGACCACGUAUUACUCUACCAUCAUAUUAUGAUUUUACUGAUAUUCGACCGUUACAUUUUGGUAAUUCGAAUGGUAUAACAAAUUCGUUAACAUCUUUUUCAAAUCUUUCUCCAGAAAAAUUAAUUGAACAUAGUAAAGAUCUACGUCUUAGUCGUAUUUCUGCUCGUCGUAAUCCACGUCCAUCUGGUUUAUCUAAUACAUCAACUGCUAAUCAACAAUCAUUAAUUUGGUCAAGUUAUAAUGCACCAACAAGCUUUCCUAAGCAAUCUCAAACAAAUGUACCUAUUCCUCCCGGACUACCAAAUGGUAAACCAUCUCCUAAUAAUAUGCCUGAUAUUAGUCGGCGUCCCAGUCGUGCACAAACAACAUCACGUCAACCAUUUACUGAUCAAGAAAAUUCUCUAGUACCAGUUGAAUCACGACAUAAAUCUUUAACAAAAACAAAACCUUCUAUACCGAAAGCUUAUCAUCGAACGACACCAAAAAGUAAAUCUCCUUUUCCAACAUCACAGACUCAACGAGUACAAACAUUAAAUAAUGAUAAUACUAAUACUAAUACUAAUACUAAUUGUAUUCCACUGUGCGAAAGUGAAGAUGAUGAUGAAGAUAUUCCAAUGAUGGAUGAAGAGUUUGAAGAAUAUCUUCAAAAAGCUCUUGUUAAAUGUGCCGAUUGGCUUAUUAAAUAUGUCAUCGAUAAAAAAUAUGAUGAAAACAAUGAAUAA